ACACCAUCGCCACGAUGGACGAAACGUGGGCCGACGCUGCAUGGAAAGGCCUCGAGAGUCAAGGAUGGGAAGAAAUGAAGCUGAGUGCGACCAACUUCUUCUACAUUAGCCCAGCAAUCGACUCGGUUGAUGCGUUCCAGAAGAACGCGACGGCGUUUGGCUCGAAAGGUGAAGCUGUCAUCUUCGCGCUGCAAAACACGACAGCCUUUGAACACAUUUUGCCACAUCUGUGGGAGCACAUGCGAUGCACGUUGGGAUGGCAACUCUUCGUUCGUCGAGGACAAGUACCAUGGUACGUCAUGCCGAACAUCGACACAUUCGAACUCUGCCCCAAGGUCAACCUCUUUGAGUCCAUGAUCGACGCUGUUGAAGCGUACUUGGCUCCCGUCACCACAAACAUCAAGCGAAAGCAGGCUAUGUCGCCUCCCCUUGAGAAUUCAUCCAAGCGUCAUAAAACUAGCCCAAGCGACGCAACUGUAGUCUCCUCUCCAAGUGCAGCUUCUGGCAUAUUGCCAGUAUACGGCCAGGCUCCGUCGUCUCCAAGUCGUGAAGCUAGUUCCUUGGAGGCGAAGACUAAGCUUGUGACAGAAGACGUCGCAACUCCCACAUGCACAUCCUCUCGGACUUCGCGAUCGGAAACACCUGCUUCCACCCCUACCAAGCGCUUGUCUCCCCGAGCUAAGACUGCAAAAGAACCAUCGCCCUCCGCUGCUGAUGUCAAAAAGUCCCCGACUACCAAGGCUACUCCGAGAACGCCCAAAUCUUCAACUGGGUCCACGCCCCCUGGUGCCACCACUUCCAGAUCGUCGAUGGCGUCCACAAAGAGUACCCUGAUGGAGAAGUCUCCACAAUCUUUGAAGGUGCCGAAGUCGACGAGGCCCAAGACCCCCAUCAAAGCUAAAUCUGCAUCGAAGCCUUCCGAAUUCAAGGAAGAUUCCCCAGUCGACAGCGUCAUCACUUCCACAAGUGCACUCUACUUAAAGAAUUUGUCGACCAAGUUGGGGUCAGUGGUAUCUCGAAAAUACGCAGGACCUGAUUCAGCCGCUGCUGUAUCAACCAAGACCGUGAAUGGUACCGCAACACCCAAAAAAACUGAAGGUGCUGAGGCGACCCCAUCAAGACGGGGAUUGAAGAAUGUCUCUGUCUCGACGCCUUCUUCGCGUGCGAUCAUUGAUUCAUCACAAAAGACCCCACACACGCCAAGAAAGAGGAAUUCCAAACUAUCUCUCUUCCAAGAUAACGCGCUCGUUGAGAGCUCCCCAGUUGUGUCAACUACCCCGCCACCUGUCCACGUUGUGGAUGUGACUACGCCAUCGCCAACGCAACCGACUUCUUCGUUCACUGUGGCCACCAAUUCAAGCGACACGGAACCGCUGGGAUCCGUUCAAGUGUCCAAGGCCGCUACCACAAAAUCCUCACUGGUCCCUUCAAGCUCAAAACCUACGAAAUCCCCCACUAUUUCAGGCUCAGCACUACAGUCAUCUCCGUCUGUGGCGAUUCAACCACGCAGAACGCCACCCGUGGUUGCGACUACGGUGUGCUCGAAUUUGACAUUGUCGUCCACCCCAAAGACAAAGAAUCAAACGCAAUUGGACUCCAUCAACGACAAGCUUGUCAACACGUCACCUAUGACGACAUCGUCGCUCUUCUCUGUGCUGGACCUCUUAGGAACACCACCACACACCAUCCCAAGCCCUGCAGCCUCGUCCGCCAUCUCAUGUGAACGAAAGAAAGCAGCAGAAGUCACCGUUACGACGCCGAACUGGGCCCUGGAAUCCCCUGGCAAGGCAAGCAAACGCCCGUGGAAUGUCGUCGUGGGCACCAGCACGAAUCCAUCGUCUCCGAAGAAACGCCGCAACGCCGCGCUAAUUUCGACCAUUUUGUCGUGCGAUCAGUCUCCGCUCGCAGGCAAAUCGGACGAGUCCAUGGCGUCGUUCCUUGAAGAAACGGUUUGUGAUGAACCGUCGCCGGUCCAACCUGCGCCGUGCUCGAAGUCGAUGCCAUCGUCGCAAAACGUUUACACAGCUGUGGGGGUUGACGACAUUUUGAACAAAGCCAUGAGCCAACUCGACAGCAAGGGCACACAGCCCGUCCCUGAGCUUUCUACGUCAUACGUUACACCCCACGUCGUCGACAAGACCCAGCCACGCAUGCAGUCGCCCAUCAAGGCUGGACGAGAAGUCAGCUUUCGAACCAAAGUGAUUCAACAGUUCAGUCACGGCGGAUGGCGGUCCGUGGCCCCCAAGCUGUCGGACAAAGGAUCGUACACGUACACCCACGACAAAUUGAACGACUCUGUGCGGUUCACCCGCGACGAGUUGUUAUCGUAUGCGAACGACCACGACAUCUUUCGCAACCCAGCCCUCAUGGACCCCCACAUGGUCAUGCGAGUCAUCAAACAUGGAGGUCAACACCAGCGAAAGGCACCCAAGUCCUUCAAGCACCGACCCUCGUCCGAGUGGAGCCCCAUCAUCGUAUGAUUCCAUCAGCAGGUCUAAAAAGAAGUGUGACCAAGUAGUGGCAGCGCCUUGUUCAUGUGUAAAUUAUCAAGUGGCCGACCUCGUUUCCUACUUCCA